AUGUCGACUGAUAUUAACCCUGAGAAGCAUGAUGCUGGAGACAUUAUUAAUGCCUCCGGCCACAAGCAAGAGCUGCAACGGAAUUUCGGCCUUUUGAGUAUUUGUGCCAUAGCUGUGACGACGGGAAAUACCUGGAUUGCGCAAGGUGGUAGUGUGACUAUCAACAUAGCCAACGGAGGUCCGGCUGGCAUUAUAUAUGAAUUCAUCGCAGUAUCAGUCUGCUAUUGGCUAGUAGCUGCUUCAAUUGCUGAAUUGGCGUCUUCCAUGCCCUCGGCAGGCGGAGUAUACCAUUGGGCCUCCGUCACCGCGGGAAAAUAUGGCCGACCUUGUGGAUGGUUUGCUGGCUGGUGGAAUUCUUUAGCCUGGGUGUUCGGUGCAGCAUCGAUGUCCUCCAUUCUAGGAAAUCAAACGGUUUCGAUGUACACCCUGUUCCAUCCGGAUUUCACACCCAAGGCAUGGCACGUCUUUGUUAGCAUGCUCAUUUGCACUUGGAUUUGCUGCCUUGUCGUUCUCUUCGCCAACAAACUCCUACCUCAAAUAGGUAACCUUGGCAUGGCUCUCAUUCUGGGUGGUGUAUUUGUCACGAUAAUUGUCUGUGCUGUUAUGCCAUACGUCAAUGGGGUAGGAUAUGCUUCGAACGACUUUGUAUGGCGUAGCUGGACAAGCGACACUGGGUAUUCUAGUCAAGGUUUUGUUUUCGUUGCCGGUAUGCUUAAUGGGGCUUACAGCGUGGGCACGCCUGAUUUGACGUCUCAUUUGGCCGAAGAAAUCCCAUAUCCUAGUAGAAACAUACCAAAGGCUGUUCUAGCCCAAAUGGUCAUCGGCUUCAUCACCGGUUUUCUAUAUAUGAUCGCCAUGUUUUAUUCGAUACAGUCGUUGGAUGACGUCUUGAAUAGUGUCUUUGGCUUUCCUCUGGCGGAGAUUUACCGUCAAGCGACAGGAAGUAGAGGCGGGGCUUUGGGCCUCCUCAUAGUCGCUUUCCUGCCCACAUUGAUCACUUGCAUUGGGUGCUAUAUCACUGCCACUCGAGCGGUUUGGACACUUGCUCGGGAUAACGCGACGCCAUUCUCUGGUUUCGUCGGACACAUUAACACAAGACUACAUAACCCAUUCAAUGCCACCUUGGUAUGUGGCUGUCUAAUCACCAUCCUUGCAUGCAUAUAUGUAGGCUCGACCACCGCCUUCAAUGCCUUUGUCGGAUCCUACGUUCAGCUUUCAACUCUCUCGUAUUUCACAGCCAUCUUCCCUCACGUUCUGUCGCGCCGGUCACUCAUCACUCCUGGGUACUUUUACAUGAAUAACUGGAUUGGUUACAUGGUCAACAUUCUCAGCUGCAUUUAUAUUGUCGCCUUUAUCGUCAUUUUCUGUUUCCCAUAUACCAUUCCCACCAAUGCUCAGUCGAUGAAUUACGCUAGUCUGAUCACAGGCGGACUCACUAUCUUCGUGGCUAUCUGGUGGUUUAUCCAUCAGCGCCAUUACGUGGGGCCCCAAGCAAUUCCCCUGGCUGAUCGUAUGGUUGCGGAGGAUGCAAAGUAG